AUGAACUAUACCGAUAAUGACCUUGUAAUUUUGUCUUAUCACACGCUUUACAUAAACACUAAUGGACUCAUUUCGUUUAACACGGACAUACCGAUAUUUUUUAAUAUCGAGUUUCCGCUUGAUUUCCCGAUUAUAGCACCUUUGUAUUCAAACAUUGAUACCACCGGAAGUGGCGACAUUUACUAUUUUGAGACCGCUGAUCGAGACUACCUCGAUAGAGCUGACAUUACAGUUCUUGAAGCAUUUCCGGGUACAAACUUCAGGACGAAGAGUGUUUUUAUUGUCAGUUGGAUGGAUGUGGGAUACCAUCGUAAUGGUACCGAUAAGUUGAACACCUUCCAGGUGGCUAUUUAUUCCAAUGGACAUGACUCUUAUGUUGAAUUUUUAUACGCUGACAAUGGUAUUCAAUGGAUUCACAUGGAGCAAGCUGGCGCGAGGCCAGAUGCUCGUGCCCAAGCAGGUUUUACAUCUGUGGAUGGUAGAUUUGACACGCUUCCUCCGGGAUCAGAUCAAGUUGUUUACUUGGAUAGGAGAUCUAAUAUGAAUUUACCUGGGCAGUGGUUGUUUAGAGUGGGUGAUAUUGGUACAGAAGCAGGUGUGGAGCUUCCUAGAGCGCACAACUCCAAAUCAGUGGGGAAUUUUGAACCCACUACUUGCGCAACUGCAGAGACUUAUUGUCACAUGCAAGCGAAGUGUAUUGACUAUGAAACCGGUUUUGCUGUCAUUCAAAAGGGUCACAUGGUACAAAGACUUUGCAUUAGGAAGGACAUACCGUUGAGGGUAAAUGGAAAAGUAAAUUUGAAAAUAAAUGAGGAGGAAGCGAAUAAUUUAGAUUUGCAGUCAUAUGUUGUGAUGACAGAUGCACGUGCAUAUACUGCUAUAUCUAAGAUUCCCACUACUAUCGGGGCGGAUAUUCAAGCUGUACAAAUCAUGGGAGCUACCAUUGCAUUCUUGUUUGCGAAGCCUGUUGGAGAAUCGUUGAACGGAUUUCAACUAACUGGUGGUAUUUUCAACCACAGUGCAACUAUUAAGUUUCCAAACACAAAUCAAAAAGUUUCAAUCAGACAAAAAUAUCUUGGCUUGGAUGCCUUUGGUCAGUUGAAACUGGAAGCAGAUAUUACAGGAGAAUUACCAUCUCUGCCAGAAGAUGUGCAAGUCUCUAUUGACGAAUAUCAAGAGCAGUAUACAAUCACUGCAACUGGAAUUAUACAAAGUUCUUCUUCACAUAAAUAUAGUUAUGAACAUCUUGGCGAAGAAAUUGAGGUACCUUACAAAAUCACACAGAAUUUUAUUUAUGAAUACUGCACAGCAAAAGCAACUCCAGUUGGUACCACCUGGAAGCUCCGAGUUGGAAAGAACUUUAUCGGGUAUGAGGCGCGCGAGCAGAUUGUAAGAUUCGGAAUGAGUAACAAGAUUGGUCCACUUGGAGAUAUUGAUCCUUGUAUCCAGGGCCGUGAAACAUGCGGUCCUCACAGUUCCUGUGUAGUAGAAGACGACACCUUCCACUGUGUGUGUAAUCCAGGAUACCAAACAAUUUACGUCAACAACGAAGAAACCUGCGAAGACAUAAACGAAUGCACAUAUGGUAUUCACGAUUGUGACUACAAUGCACAGUGCGUUAACAUUGAAGGUGACUCAUUUAUGUGUAACUGCAAUCCUGGCUUUGAAGGCAACGGUCGUGUUUGUGAAAACGCUCGAAGUUGCGACGGCGUACAAUGCAAUAACAACGCAGAAUGUGUUGUUCAUGCAAGCAUAGCCAGGUGUCACUGCAUCCCGGGUUUCCAAGGCAAUGGUUACACUUGCUCGCCUAUUAUUUCACAAAGUUGCCAUUUGGCCAACAACUGCUCACCCUUUUGAUACUGCGAAAUAAACCCAGAAGACAAUAUGUACUCUUGUCGUUGCCUGCCGGAGUAUGAAGGAGAUGGUUAUGAAUGUACACCGAGACCAACUGAACUCGCCUCCACCACCUGUAACCGAACCCAACAACUACCAUUAAUCCGAUUAUGCCAGAACAAUGUUUCAACUCAACGUAAGUUGGUGCCCCCAAUGGAUUUGUCAAGGAUACCAACCGGCUUGCGUUCUUUUUUACUUGGGAAACCCAAGGAAGAUGCCCAGUCAGAUUCCUGCAAUGUGUGGCACAAUUGUAAUACUUAUGGUAGAUGCUUGUUUACCAAAACUGGAUAUUACGAGUGUGUGUGCAACUGGCUUCACCUCCGGAAAAAUGGCUACAGAUGUCACGAAAUUCAAGAGCGGUGCAGCGAAGAAGACCUAUGUGAUAUCAACGCAAGUUGUACAUAUGACAGCUACUUUGACCGACAAAUAUGUAAAUGCAAAGACGGAUUCCAAGGGGACGGAUUGUCUUGUACUACUGUUCGUAAUCGGGAUAAAACUGAAGUAAAUGAUUGCUACGAAAACGAAGAGUGCCGUUUUUCAGCCGCAGUUGAUGAAUACGACUGCGUUUGUAAACCAGGUUACAUCAAAGAUUCGCAAGAACAAUGUGUAAGAGCAGAAGGCCUCUGUGGUGGCGCACGUUGUGUUGUAAACGCGGAAUGUUUAUUUGAUGACAUAGAGAAAGCUAAUUUCUGUCAAUGCAAAGACGGGUACGACGGUGACGGUAUUAUUAGUUGCACUACUCGGCCGGUAACUUGCGAUAUUCAAAACAACUGCAGCUUGCAUGCCUCCUGCGAGUACAUUGCUGACAGAUAUCAAUGCGUGUGCAAUGAAGGUUUUGUUGGCGACGGUAUCAUUUGUUAUGUAGAAAAAACAUGUCACGUGGAUCCGAGCCUCUGUGAUAGCAACGCACGUUGUAUCACAAAUGCACAAAGAAAAUACCACUGCGAAUGCAAUCCUGGAUUUGACGGUAACGGAACCGGGCUACGAACGUUCGCCAUGAAGGUGUAAACCCCUUCUGGUAGCCCAAACCAAGGAAUAGCAACCCUGAAGUUACCCUACGAUCCUAACAAAGAACAAGGAAAACCUAUUCAUCUACAAUUCACUCAACUAGCCGUUGGGUUGGAUGUAGAUUGUGUUGCUGGACGAAUUUAUUGGACAGAUAUCCAUCAACAUGUUAUCAGAAGUGUGUCGUACAAUGGUUCGGAAAAGGAAGAUUUUAUCACGAGGAAUAUUGACUCGCCGGAAGGAUUAGCUAUGGACUGGAUAUCGCGAAAUUUGUACUGGACAGACUCUAAAAAGGAUACGAUUGAAGUUGCUAAUGUCCAGACCAAGCUCCGCAAAGUUUUGUUUAAUUCUAAUCUUGUUAAUCCCAGAGGUAUAGCGGUGCAUCCUCAGCGUGGGAAACUUUUCUGGAGCGAUUAACGAGCUGAUCCUGUAAUUGAAUGGGCCACUCAAGAUGGUUCUGGUCGGCAAGUGAUUUUCGAAAGAAGGAAUUUGUUAUUGCCUGUCAUAACGGUAGAUUAUGCAAAUGAGCAAUUGUGUUACGCCGAUGCAGGUGUAAAGAAAAUCAUAUGUGUUGACAUUGACAGCAAGCAGCCACAUGUUAUAGCGGAAAAUUGUUCAUAUCCAUUUGGUAUUGCAGUUACUUCCGAGCACAUCUACUGGUCGGAUUGGUCAACGAAUAAAAUUGAACGCGUUGAGAAAAGCUCAUUAAAACGUUUGACUGGAUUGAAAGUACCAACAAUUGGACGAAGCAAUCGACUAUUUGAGUUGGCUUCAGUUCCUGACGAUUGUCCGAAUUAGACGAAUGUGUGCUAUUAUUACAAGGAUCAAUGUUUGCCAAAUCACAUUUGUCUUCCUGAUGGCAAGAAUAGUCGUAGUUGCGUGUGUGCAGAUCCAAUAGAUUCGAACCAGUCUUCUUCUUCUUGUGACACUUCCAACAACAUUGAAUGAAGACCAUUAUAACUAUUAAAUACUUAUACUUUUACUUUAGACAGCCUCUAAUACUAAAAUCACCUUAUUAGAGUUACAUUAAAUAUCUAAUGCAGAUAUUGUGGCAAAUGUAUUAUAUAUGAAUACAUAGUGCCAUUAUUUUUAUAUUAUAAAAGUAUACAAUCCAAAUCAAA